AUGCCCCGAGGAUUUCUGGUGAAAAGGAACAAGAAAUCCACGCCCGUAUCCUACCGGAUCCGCUGCUGUGAGGACGGCGACCGGGAGCUGCUGCUCUUCUCCAGCUGCGGCGGUGGCGGCGGCGGCUCCUCCCCGCCCCUCCCGGGCUCCGAGCGGGCUCCUGCCGCGCUGCUGGCCAGCGCGCCCUCCGCCCCUCUAUUGCUGCCGCCGCCGCCCCUACCGCUGCCGCUGCCGCCCCGAGAGCUGCCCGCGCCGCCACCGCCAGUCGCGGGGCCCAAGCCUGUGCAGUUUGGCAACCCUGAGGCGGUCUACCCGGCGCCGCUGUACAGCCCCACGCGGCCGGUGAGCAGGGAGCACGAGAAGAAGAAGUACUUCGAGCGCAGCUUCAACCUGGGCUCGCCAGUCUCUGCAGAGUCCUUCCCCACGCCCGCAGCCCUGCUAGGCGGCGGGGGCGGGGGCGCAGGCAGCGGCGGCGGGGGCACCUGCGGCGGGGACCCCCUUCUCUUUGCCCCUGCGGACCUCAAGAUGGGCACCGCCUUCUCCUCGGCUGCUGCAGCUGAGGUGGGAGGCGGGGGCGGGGGCCGGGGCACCGGUAGCCACCACCCCCAGGCCGGCAGCCUACUAUCAGUCCCGGGCUCUGCGGCCGCCGUCUCCCUGCGGCACCCGAACAAACGGCCUGCGCCCGCGCCAACGGCAGAGCCCGGCGCUCCCCCGGCCAAGCCUGCCAAAGCGCCAGCCGCCAAAAAGCCAAAGGCCAUCCGCAAGCUGCAUUUCGAGGACGAGGUGACCACAUCUCCCGUACUGGGGCUCAAGAUCAAGGAGGGCCCUGUGGAGCCGCCCAAAGGCCGGGCCGGGCUGGGGGCAGCCGGCGGGGGCGCAGGAGGCGGUGGCGGUGUGGGCGGCGGCGGAGGCAGUGGCAGUAUAGGCGGCGGCGGGGGCCGGCCUCUGGGCGAGUUUAUCUGCCAGCUGUGCAAGGAGGAGUACGCCGACCCCUUCGCUCUGGCCCAGCACAAGUGCUCCCGCAUCGUGCGCGUGGAGUACCGCUGCCCUGAGUGCGACAAGGUCUUCAGCUGCCCUGCCAACCUCGCCUCCCACCGCCGCUGGCACAAGCCCCGACCCCAGGCCGCAGGUGGCGGCGGGCAACAUGCCUCGGGGACCGCCGGCUCCUUGGCCCCGCCUGCCGGGGGCGCACGAGCGGCCGAGAGCAAAGGCGCUGCGGAGGAGGCUCUGGCCAAGGCUGGGGCGGGCGGCGAGCCGAAGGAGGCGGGCGGCAGCGAUCGGGACACCCCAAGCCCUGGGGUGUCGGAGUCGGGUUCUGAGGAUGGGCUGUACGAGUGUCACCACUGCGGGAAAAAGUUCCGCCGCCAGGCCUAUCUGAGGAAGCACCUGCUGGCGCAUCACCAGGCCCUACAGAGCAAGGGGGCGCCUCAACCCCAGUCUUUGCCACCCCCGCCCCAGCCUGCCCAGCCGGACGACCUUCUGGUCUAUCCCAGCUUCCCCGUGGCCGAUGGUUUGCAGCCGCUGCCGCCGCCUGAGAAGGCGGGGAAGGAAGCCGGGGGCGAAGGGGAAGCCUCGAAUCCCCUCAAUAUGAGUGCUCCCGCCGAGUGCCAUCUGUGCCCAGUGUGCGGGGAGACCUUCCCCAGCAAGAGCGGCCAGGAGCGCCACCUCCGCCUCCUGCACGCUGCCCAGGUGUUCCCCUGCAAGUACUGCCCGGCCACGUUCUACAGUUCGCCGGGGCUCACUCGGCACAUCAACAAAUGCCACCCCUCGGAGAACAGACAGGUGAUUCUGCUGCAGGUGCCCGUGCGUCCCGCCUGUUAGACAGAACCUGCUCCGCGCCGCCGCGGGGAGAGCAAGGAGAGAAGAGGAGGAGAAGGAAAGGAAGAAGA